AACCAGAUAGAAAACAGAGAGAAGAAAAGCAGAAAGCCAAACGCAGAAGCCAGAUGUAAGAAGGACUCCUCCUUCUUCAGCUUCUCUCCGCCGUACACCGCACUAGUACUGGCGAGCACUCGGAGGUUGAAUUUGAUUGUAUCAGUGUCGGGUUCGAAUUGGGUGUGAGGGACUUGCGGGCGGGAAGCCUUUCUUGGUGAGGUUGCGUUUGAUUUUAUCAGCGUCGGGUUCGAAUUGGGUGUGACUCACACCGUGUGAGGGACUUUUGGGAGGGAAGCUUGCAGAGCUUCCAUGGCUGAAGGUGUGAAGUGAAGGUGUGAAAUGAUAUCAAGUCGUUACAUAAAAAAAAAAAAAAAAGCAAGCAAUGUUCUUUUGAUAAUAUAACAACCGACAGGAGGCGGGUAAUAAAAAGGAGGGAAAAAGGAGAAAAGGAAAAAAGCGGUUGAGUUCGGUGAGGCAUUUCCACAAACACUUGGGCUGCGGAAACAACCAAUAAAAUGCUGCGCCAUCAAACUUGUCUCCCGCCGAUGCUACAUAUUUCCCCUCUGCACCGCACCCGCACUCUGAACUCUCUUCCUUGCUAUGCUACUUCGAGAAAAUUCGAUUCGGAGCCCGACCUCAUAGCUCGCUCCAAUCCGAAACCGAAAUAUCGCAGCCGUAAAGCGGAAACUUCUGAACACGAAGGUGAAGAGCCAGGCGAGACGUUUCCAGCGACGAUUCCGAGAAAGCCGCGGCGCGGGCGCAGGAGCGAAGCGGCUGCGGUUGAAGAUUACAUGCGGGAGUCACUUGAUCGGACGUUUGCGUCGAUCAGAGAGCAGAACCCAGAAAUUGUUGAGAAGAAAGAUGAAGUAAUGAAGAGGAAAGUGGACGAUGGUGAGGAGGAGGAUGAGGAGGAGGAGGGUUUUGGAAGGGAGAAGAGCAUGGUGGUUGAGGAAGAGAGCAAGGAUUGGCCGUUGGAUGCCGAUGUGGGGUGGGGGAUUCGGGCGUCGGAGUACUUCGAGAACCACCCAAUUCGAAACGUGGUGGACGACAAUGGGGUUGAGAUUGAUUGGGAAGGCGAGGUUGAAGACAAUUGGGUGAAGGAGAUCAACUGCUUGGAGUGGGAGAGCUUUGCUUUUCACCCAAGUCCUCUUCUUGUUCUUGUUUUCGCGAGGUACAACAGAGCAAGCGAGAAUUGGAAGGCGUUGAAAGAGCUCGAAAAGGCGGUCAAGGUCUACUGGAAUGCCAAAGAUCGAUUGCCUCCUCGGUCGGUUAAGAUAGACAUCAACAUCGAGAGAGAUUUGGCUUAUGCUCUUAAAGUUAGAGACUGUCCUCAGAUUUUGUUUGUACGAGGAAACAGGAUCUUGUACAGAGAGAAAGAGAUUCGGACUGCAGAAGAACUGGUUCCGAUGAUCGCGCAUUUUUACUACAAUGCAAAGAGGCCCUCCUGGAUUGAUGCCAAUGAGUUCUCUUCGCCUUGCUAAUGGCAUUCUGGCAACGGAUUAUGUGCUGGUGAGAUCGUUGGUUUACUUAGAAGUUUGAAGCGUGGAGCGUGAUCGAAAGCAGGUUGCAUUUGCAGGUAAAAGCUGUUGAUCCCUUGGAUAUUGGUCUUGAAUGAGUGUUAACAUCGAGAAGAAGGUCUUAGAGGUUGCUGAAAUGGUAUGGAUUGCCAUGAUGCAGCCACUACCAUCUUCACCAUCCACAAAGAAGAAUUGGAAACUUUACUAGUAGCCAAAAAUUAGCAAACGAGGAAAUUAGAUGAGCAUAACAAGCUCCUUGAAACCCUAUAUGGAUUCUUAACACUAUUAUUUGUUAGGAGAUUUCUCGAUCUUCAUUUUUGUUUUCCAUUUUAUUCAUGGAUUUGUGUAUUUAUUUUGCUUUUUCAUUUUUAUGUCUUUUUUGAAGCUAUUAUUAUUUUAGUGUCCAAGCAAGCAAAUAAGUGGAACCCAUUGUUGCCACAUGGGCAUUGAAUGAAUAAAUGACUGGGACUUAAAAAU